AAAACUCCCGAGUGUUAGGUAAAUAUUAUGAGCGGAGAAGCGGUGUAGAUGUAUGUCAGCGAAGUGUUGCUUGUUUCCCGCUAAAUCAUGCCCACUCUACCCGCAAUUGCCCCGUUUUUGGGCGACACAAGUCGCCUGAUUUCUUACCGAAAGUUUAGCGAAGCUUCGGCGGUCGGUUUUCUGUCAGCGAUUUUAUUCGUUGUGUUUUCUGAGCCGCUAAAGAAUUACGUUGAUUUUGGAGAGAAAUGGAUGAGUCUGUCUGGCCUGCCGUACCAGAUGAACACGGCGAUGCUGGGGUUUAUCGUGGGCUUCGGAUUUGUGAAGAUUUUCUUGUUAAUGAGGAUCUUACUGUUCAGAAUGCUGCUAAAUUACCAGGGCUGGAUGACAAAUCCAAAAAGCAUGGCUACCAAGAUGUGGGCAUUGAUGCUGAAUGCUUUGAGAGGGAAUGGCCACUAUCCGACCUAUUACUUCCAACCAAUGCUGCCUAAACUACCAGUCCCUAAACUCAAUACAACACUAGACAGGUACCUCGCCUCCAUGAAACCUAUUCUAUCAGAUGAGGACUUCAUGCAUUUAACCACGUCUGUCCUGGAAUUCAAAGAAAAAGAGGGACCAAAGCUACACAAGUAUCUCUGUGACAGGGCUGCCACUAAGGAUAACUGGCUGAUAGAAUACUGGCUGAACUACGCCUAUCUGGUCAACAGGGAACCAUGUGCAGUAAAAGUGAAUUGUUAUGCCACGGAUCGUAAGGACUGCCCCACAAAUAACCAAAUAGCUCGAGCCGCUAACUUGAUAUACUAUGUACUCAGGUUCCAUGAGCAGACCCAGGAUGAAACCCUGACCCCUCAAUAUCUUCAAGAUAUGAUCCCCAUGUGUAUGGAGGGUUAUAGACAACAAUUUUCAACAACCAGAAUUCCUUAUGAAACAAUAGAUCAACUGAUGAAAUAUGAAGAUUCUAAGCAUAUUGUGGUCUACAGAAAUGGUGCCUUUUUCAAGCUGGAGGUGUUUGCUCCUGACAGUGAUGGCAAGAAAAGGUUGCUGACAGUCACAGAAUUAUACGAUCUUCUACAACAGAUAAACCACCAAAGUCAGGAUAAUGAUGAAGCAUCUCGAGUGGCUGUGUUUACAUCAGAAAGAAGAGACACAUGGGCCAAGGUUAGACAGAGACUGCUAACAACCAGCAACAGAUCCAGUCUGGAGGCGGUAGAGUCCUCCAUCUUCUUUGUUUCUCUGGAUGACAUCGCCCCAAAGAGCAUUGAGGAAAAUGGGACCUUCACAAUGACAGGAAAUGGUUUCAACAGGUGGUUUGACAAGUCGAUACAAUUCUCAGUGUUCCGUAACGGUAAAGUGGGAACCAACGUGGAACACGGCAGUGUGGACGCCACUUUGCCAGGGCGAUUAUGGGAGUAUUUCCUGCAGAAUGAGAAAUAUACAGAGGAUGGACAAAUUGUACGGGAGAAAUACAAACGAGCACUCCCAAAACCUCAGAGGUUGGAGUGGGAUCUGACAGACUUUGAAGCAGAUAUAGAUGAAGCCUACAACAACUUCAGAAAACUGGCAGAUGAGUUUGAUCUGAUAGUGACCUCCCCUGAUUACGGUAAAGGCUUCAUUAAAAAGAAGAGGAUGAGCCCAGAUGGUUAUAUACAGAUGGCUCUCCAGCUGGCCUACUACAAGCUGCAUAAUAAAAUCGCCAAGACUUACGAAUCAGCAUCUACAAGGAUGUUUUGUUCCGGGAGAACUGAGACAAUCCGGCCGGUGUCUGAAUUCUCCUGCCAGUGGGUCAAGAGUAUGUUUAAUGAGCGAGCUACGCGAGAGCAGCGGAUCAUGCUACUGAAGAGAGCGGUACAGUACCAGACACAGAAUAAAAUCGACGCCAGUCUGGGGAUGGGGUGGGACAGACAUUUAUUUGGGAUGUACGUGGCCUCUCGUGAGCUAAACAUGCCACAACCAGCCUUGUUCAGAGAUAAGGUGUGUUGUCUGUGUGUCUGUACAGUUGAUGUGGAAUAG